CUGGACUGUAGGGCUUCAGAGAGGCUGAAAACACCUCCGAGGAGAGGAAACCAGCAGAGAUGGCCAACUUCUUCUACUUUUCUGCUGAAACGUGGACACUGCUGGUUGCUCUUGUCACUCUUCUCCUUGUGUAUGCCUACUGGCCUUAUGGGACAUUUAAAAAGUUAGGUAUCCCUGGUCCCAAACCUCUUCCCUUUUUCGGCACUUUGCUGCAUUAUCGAAAGGGGUUCUUUAACUUUGAUGCAGAAUGCUAUAAGAAAUACGGCAAAAUAUGGGGGAUUUAUGAUGGCCGGCAGCCCGUGCUGUGUGUUGCCGAUCCCACCAUAGCAAAAGCUGUUCUCAUUAAGGAGUGCUACUCUCUAUUCACCAACCGCAGGAACUUCCGUCUGAACGGGCCUCUGUACGACGCCGUGUCGAUAGCAGAGGAUGAUCAGUGGAGGAGGAUCCGCAGUGUCCUUUCUCCAUCCUUCACCUCAGGGAGACUGAAAGAGAUGUUUGACAUAAUGAAACGUCAUUCUGCUAACCUGGUCAGCAGCAUGAAGAAGAAGGUAGACAAGGAUGAGCCGCUGGAGCUAAAGGAGUUCUUUGGCCCGUACAGUAUGGACAUAGUAACCAGCACAGCCUUCAGUGUGGACAUUGACUCACUCAACAACCCCUCGGAUCCUUUUGUCACAAACAUCAAAAAGAUGCUGAAGUUCGACCUGUUGAGCCCUCUCUUCCUCGCAGUUGCCUUCUUCCCCUUCACCGGUCCCAUACUCGAAAAGUUCGAGUUUUCCUUCUUCCCCAAAUCAGUGACAGACUUCUUUUAUGCCUCUCUGCGAAAGAUCAAGUCCAGUCGUGAGAAAACCGAGCAGCAGGGUCGAGUAGAUUUCCUCCAGCUGAUGAUUGAUUCUCAGAAAAACAGUGCCGUCAGUGGAACGCAGCAGGACAAAGGUUUGAGCGAUCACGAGAUCCUCUCCCAGUCCAUGAUUUUCCUUUUUGCUGGCUACGAGACAACCAGCAGCUCGCUCACUUUCUUGGCUUUCAACCUGGCAACGAACCCAGAGGUCAUGAAAAAACUCCAGAAGGAGAUUGAUGCCACUUUCCCAAACAAGGCUCCUGUUCAGUACCAGGCUCUGAUGGAGAUGGAGUACCUCGACAGCGUCAUCAACGAGUCGCUCCGACUCUUCCCCAUCGCCUCGCGCCUGGAGCGUGUGGCCAAGGCAACUGUGGAGAUCAACGGCCUGGUGAUUCCAAAGAACAUGGUUGUCAUGAUCCCCACCUGGCCCAUGCACCGGGACCCCGAAGUGUGGCCCGAGCCGGAGGAAUUUAAACCUGAGAGGUUCAGCAAGGAAAACAAGGACAAAAUCGACCCGUACUUGUACAUGCCUUUUGGAGCGGGGCCCAGAAACUGCAUCGGGAUGCGAUUUGCUCUGGUGAUGAUGAAGCUUGCAGUGGUGGAGAUCCUGCAGCGGUACAGCUUCUCUGUGUGCAAGGAGACCGAGAUCCCCUUCGAGAUGGACAUCCAGGGUCUGCUUCAGCCAAAACGGCCCAUCAAACUGAAGCUGGUGCCUCGCUCUGAGUCCUCCAGCUGAAAGAAAAAGGAGACAAUAAACUGAAUUGUUCUUGUUUUUGUUGUUAAUAUACUGUAUCUUCAAUGUAUAAAAAGAAAGUACCCGUUUUGUUUUAAUUUGUUUUGUUUUGAUUCAGGCAGCACAGCUCUGUACCCCUCUGUAGCACUUGAUUCAGAAACCUGAGUUAACAAUAAAAAAAUGUAUUUUCUUCA